AUGGAUUAUUCUCGGCAGCUCCUCAAAGGAGAGGUACAUGCCGCAUUUGCGGACUUUGAGGAGCAGGUGUGGCGGAUGGCGACCUGCAGAGCGGUCAACCGGGUUCCGGAAUUUGAGGAUAUAGUCCGCGGUACUAUUGAACAGUAUCCAGUCCCUCCUUCUGGUGAUACCCCUCAAUUGUGGGCGCUCCGCCGGCUACUUCAAGUGGCCAAGGUCCAGGCAGCGGGGGAAGAGACGUCGCUCCCGUUCACUGACGGCCCACUGCGCUGGCUCGUGCGGGUUAACUUGAAAUACAACGACGAAGAAGGACUUGAUGAGGUUGGCGUGGUUGACUUGCUAGCGGAGAACCCGGCAGACUUUAUGUACGGUACCGGAAACUUCGACUCGUCCUGGGGCGCAGCAACAAAGCUGCUCCUGCAGACCGUCCAGGAAUCACCAGCGGCGGACGCCGCCAUGCUCGCCGGACCCACAGCCGGCAUAGUUACCCCCUGCACGGUUGCCACGGAUAACAUCCACCGCUGGCUUCCCGUGGAGGCCUGGCUGGCAUUGUAUGCGGGCCUGGAGCGUACGGCGAAACAGUCCGCCGCGCGGGCCCAGGAGGUGGCGGAACGCGGGCGGGACGAACUGGCAAAUGCAAAGGCCGCAGAGGAGAUGAGGCUGCUUUUGAAGCAACCGGAGAUCGUUGAGGUUCGAAAAAAGGUGGCCGACGGGCAGCGGCGCUUGGCGGACGUGAAUGAGCAGCUUGUAUCCAUGGUCCAGCAGCAGCCACCCCCCGAAAAGCCUGAAAUCCAGGCCGCCCAGCGGGAGGUUGCAGAAGCCGAGGAUAUGUUGGCCAUCGCUAACCAGGAGUCGCGGAUCCUCCACGAGCGGUACCGGCGGGCGCUCCCCGCCGAACCGCCGCUGCACGGCGACGCCGCGGCCGACGAUGCCGCUGCCGAGCCGCCGCUGCCCGACGACGACGCCGAGGCAGACAGCGAAACAUGCAACAUGCUCGUCCUCCGGCGAUGGAUGCGGUCGGACCGGGCUGGUCCCAUGCCAAAGCCGUACUGUCCCAUCUGUCUGGAGGCAGACUUGACCUUGCCCAGCCUGAUGCCGGUUGGCUACCGCCGGGCGCCGCCCAACAACCCCCCCAGCAUCGAGACUGCGGGAGUCGUGCUGUCUUCCUGUAUGCACAUCCUAGGGGUCAACUGCUUUCGUCAGCUACAUGCGGCCGCCAGCGAGGAAAACGAAAUCCUCCGGUGCCCGAUGUGCCGGGCAGAAGUGAGAACCGAGAGUUGCGUUUCCCUAAACACUUCCGUUACCAUGGAAUUCUUCCGGAUGGCGGUGGAGGAGCGGGAAAUGAUGCCGGAAGCAUAA